AUGCCAAUUUCAGUUAAAGAAUAAGAGAAAAAAUAAUAAGAGAAAAAAGAAUAAUAGUAGGAAGUAGCAGUAAGUAUUUGUGCCUAAUUGUAGCCUGUUAAUCCUUCAAAAGAUAAUGAAGACAUAAAACCUCGCAAAGAAUAACAAGUCUUAUCUUCUUUAUUAAGGUAUUGUAAAUCUCGUCCUGACCCUGAACUAGUUUGGGAGCCUCAUCAAAAUAAAUAAUUGAUGAGCGAAUUCUAAGAGUUAAUAGAAAAUCGUUUUAAAGAGGUUAAGAGAAGUUCAAGCAUUUAUAAAUACAAUGCUAAAAUAGGAUUUUAGGCCUUUAUAUAUCUCUUAAAUAUUCUUGAACUUAUCUUUACAUUAAGUUAUGGUUCAUAUAAUGAAAUCACUAAUGAUAAUACAUACUAUGAGACAUGUUAUAAUUUAUCAAUAAUUUUAUGUGUUUUACUUCACAGUGGAACCUGGAUGUACACUUAUAAAUUUAGGGAAGUUGUUAGAGAAAGUUUUUUUGUUUAAAUUGCUUAUUAUAUAUUCUACUUGAUUAUGGGAGUAUUGAGUUAUUUUAAACUAGCUCCAUUUAUUUAUUAUAUGAAUAGAGAUUAAUCUAUUAGAUAAUUCUCAUUUAGUGAAAUUAAUAAAUAUUUGUAGUUAAGUGGGGAGGAUAAAUUUAGAAAUCCAUGUAGACUUUUUAAAGAAAGAACUAAACCUGUUAAUAUCUUUAGGGAUUUAAUAUUUCAUAGAGUAGCUCUUGUUUCCAUGAUUAUUACAAUGACAAUUUAAACAAUUCCUUAACUUUUUAUAUAAGGCUUUUAUAACACUUAAAAAGAAUCAUGGGAUGGAUUUAAUGUGUUUAGUUAUUUAUUUUUAAUGAGUAAUUUAAUCUAUUAUUUAUUGGAAUUAUAAUUUAUUGUAUUCACUACAACUUAUAGAUAAAUGUAAACAGAAUUGCAAUUUAAACUGUAGAAAAUUUUAUUAUAUUCAAUUUAAGAAACAAAACAAUUAUUUAAAUCUGAUUUAAAUUAUAUGGGAUUUGUCAAAUCAUUUUAUUUUCAUAUUGAUCCUAGUGCAUUUAGUCCUUAUUAAAAGAAAAGAUGUAUGAUUUAAAUUUUAUAUUUCUUGAUGAAAUAGAAGAAAGUGAAGAAUAUUGAAUUUCAUUAUAUUGAUUUAUAUCAUGAAGUAACAUUAUAAUAUUUAGCUAAUUGUUUUUAAUUGAUUAAAGUAGAAUCAAUCAAUCUUUUAUAUUCUAAUGAUAAUAACUUAGCAUAAAUAAAUCGUAUUUUCCGGGGUAUAAACAAUUUGAAAAUUGAAAAAUAAACUUCUUCAAAUCUUAAUACUAAAUGGGAAGCUGACAAUAUUGAUCUGAAUGCAUCAGAUGAAAAAANAAAUCUAUUCAUCUUAAAAAAAUCGAAGUUGACUGAAUCCCAAUUAAAAUUAUUUUUUCAGAGAAGUUAUUCAAAAUUCAAUAAAUCAAUCUCUGAAAAUAUUCUUUAAAUAAUAUUAUCAUUCAUAAUUUGA